AUGUUACUCGGACUUGGCGCACGGCCCGUCCUGCGAGGACUGCGCCAGACGAGCCUGCGCCCUCUUGUGGCACAGCAUCCCUACAGCACCUCGGGUGCCAUCACCACCGUGCCUCUGGUGUACGACCUCCACGAGCCAGCCAAGCCCGUCUCGGACAACCCGGACCGGACGUCUCCUAUUUUAUUUUUGCAUGGGCUAUUUGGGUCCAAGAAGAACAACCGCAGCAUAAGCAAAGCACUUGCGCGAGAUCUCGGUCGCUCUAUAUACGCUCUCGAUCUUCGUAACCAUGGCGACUCACCUCACGCCCCUCGUCAUGACUAUACAGCCAUGGCAGAGGAUGUCGGAGCCUUCAUUGAAGAGCAUAAUAUCGUAGAGCCAACCAUCAUAGGCCACUCGAUGGGCGCCAAAACAGCGAUGACGCUGGCCUUGCGCUCGCCGGGUAUGGUCAAGGACAUUGUCUCGGUGGAUAACGCACCCGUGGACGCCAUCUUGUCCACUGACUUUGCCAAAUACGUCCGGGGCAUGAAGAAGAUCGAGGAUGCGGGCGUGACUACGCAGAAGGCAGCUGAUGCGAUCAUGGCGGAGUUCGAAGAGUCCUUGCCCAUCCGCCAGUUCCUCCUGGGCAAUCUUUACACCCCAGAAGGGCAAAAGACCAAGAAGUUCCGCGUCCCUAUCGACAUCCUCGGCAAGGCCCUCGCGCACAUGGGUGACUUCCCCUACAAGGACCCCAGCAAGGUCCGGUUCGAGAAGCCGGCACUGUUCGUCCGCGGAACCAAGAGCAAGUAUGUCCCCGACGAGGUGCUGCCGGCGAUAGGCGAGUUCUUCCCGCGCUUCGAGGUUGCGGAUGUCGACGCGGGUCACUGGUUGAUUUCGGAGAAUCCGGAGGCAUUUAGACAAGCCACUGUACGAUUCCUUACUCCGGAGGAAUAG